UAAUUUCGAAGAGAGGAGUAUAUAUGGGGAGACUCCAGGCCUUAUGAGCAUCCAAAAAGGACCUCAGGGACUAGCGGAGUUCACUAGCACAGCAAGCAUGAGGGGAGACUUCAGGCCUUACAAAAGGACUAGCAAAGCUCACUAG